CGGCAACCUCACAACACACCGGCAAAAUGGAGUCUCGCAAAACGAAUGAUUUACGAGACCCGGUGAGCUGCUUUAAGGACUACGAAGAUUAUUUGGACUCCAAAGUCACGCCGAUGGAUUUGUUUUUCCUCAAAGGCACCGACGGGCAAUAGCUGACCUGCUAAUCAGCUGUCGUCAAUCACUGUUUAACUGGCUCGGGUCGGGCCGGGUCACCACCGCCACGACGAAUGCCCGAGACUCUGAUAAGUCGCCCCGCUGCCCAGACCUGUUUUUCCUGGCCGCCGCUGUUUGGGGCUUUUCAGAUGGUGGGAGAGGUCACGUUACAAAGUCAUCACCUCGGCCGCCAGGAUGGAUGUUGCGGGUAUGCAUCCAGCAUAAAGAGAAGGCGCUUCGGUGCCAAUUUUGGGACUGGGGGAUCGUUUCUGCCGAGCUGCAUCAAAAGAGCGGUGGGAGGGUGGGCGGCGGGGUCUGGAGUUUCCGGACAUGAGGCGGCGAGCUGACAGGCUGCAGUGGACGAACUGACAGCUCGGUUUGCACUUUGGACGCCGACGUCAAUGACGCUUCAGCCCCAAGAACACCUGCACGAAAAGGCUAACAAAGCGCUCCGUUCAAGAUUUGAAAGUACACUUUGUGCAAAAUAUCGCGCUAUUAGUGCUUGUAUUCUGAAGAAAAAAAAACAACUUUUUUUGUAAACAUCCAUAAAUGUAUCUGAAAAUGUCUAAAUGUUUUCUAAUAUAGGUUCAAAUGUGACAAUGCUCAACUCACCCGGACUGAAACGGUGCUUUAGGAACCAGAACAAUCUAACGAACAACGUGAGCUCUCAAAACAAGAAGUCGGCCCGCAAGCUGGUGGAGCACGGACACAAGGGCACUGUGCUGAGUCUGCAGGAAUUUGAGCAGCGGAAAGCAGCAUCGCCAUCGGCGACCCGCCACCACCAGAACCAGACUACGACGCUCGCGAGCUCAGGAUGUGAUGUCCAGGACAACUUCCUGAGGGCGCUGGCCGAGCGCGAGGAGGCCAACCGUAUGGGGAAAAUGACAUCGCUGAUCUUCAUGCGCGAUGCUAACACUCUCGGACAGGAAGUGUCUGGCUAUAUCGACUACGCCCACAGACUGCAGACGCAGGACUUUGCGCCAUAUUUCAGCGGGAGAAAGAAGCUGGUGCCAGGACCCUCGGAUUUAUGUUACUAUAAUUGGACCAAUCAGGUUUCAGCUUCCAGCUGCAGCUCAAACUAUGAACCGAUUUACGACCACCCUGACGGUCUUCUGUUCAGGAGAAAGAUGGACAGCAAGAUUCUCAAUGUGGACCCAAAGUGCGAUCCCGGCGAGGACUUGAGAAGGAGCGUGGUGCAGUCGGGCCUUUACGCGCAUGUUGUCAUCCUGGACCACUACAUUACAAGCGUCUGAGAUGUACACACAGAUACACACACCCUGUAAUUUGAUGGGGGGAACAAAGGAAAAGGUCCACCGGGGAGGCAGACAUAUCACACAUGCCAUCUGGGCGGAGGCACAGUAACAUUCCAUUUUUAACUUUGUUAUCAUCUUAAUCAUCAACAGUGUUACUUCCACAAUGUAAGAAGUUAUAAUCGGCCUGACUUGCCUUUCAUCAUUUUGCCCUUUUUAGCUCAAUUAAUCUAUUUUGGUCACAAUCUGA